AUGGAUGACACAACUAUCCGAUCUUGGGCAUCGAGGCUCAAGAGCUACAUCCCGGGUUUCAGCAAUCGACAAAAAAUGGCUACAACCAGCGAGUUCGUCGCGACUGAUAGAAUUGUCAGUCGAUAUGCGAACACGAAGGUGUUACAGAAGACACUCUUGGGCUUUGGCUUUUCCAAGGAUACGAUCAAGAUCAAGGCAACAAAAGCCGAAUUACUCGAGGUCCAACUUCCUAGAAAACUGAAACCGGAGGAGAUGGAGAAAACCGUUGCCGAUCUUAAGAAAGCGGCCAAAGACUCGGAUUCUGAAGAAGAGUAA